GGCCAGUUAGUUGAUUUUGUUCUCUGUCACCGCCGCAGCUUCUGUUCAUUGCUCUUGAUGGACAAAGAUAAAUAUACAAAAAGCCAAGUACCAAAGUCCCUCAGAAUCACUUCAUAACGAGACAAUUACGGCCGCAUCUGAGCUUUAAGAAGCCAGUUGAAAGCGUGCGAAGGAACUGUCCUCCAUUCGGUGUCGACAAUGGCAAAGCUAAAACACGUCCUGGUCGUGCCGUUUCCCGCACAAGGUCAUCUCACUCCUCUCCUGAAACUCUCCCACUGUAUUGCUGAUCAUGGUGUCAAGGUUACCGUUGUGAACACAGAGUCUGUUCAUGCGCAAGUGGUGGCCGCAAACCAACAAGAUGAGGGAUCGAAUCGGAUUAGGUUCGUUGCAUUUCCAGAUGGGCUUGAGACCGAUGAGGAGCGCAAGGACUGGGCGAAGCUGCUGGAGAGCAUAUCAAGAGUGAUGCCGGGUCAUUUGCAGGAGUUCAUUGAGAAAAUGAAGCGGCAGUCAAAUAGCAAUGAAGAUGAGAAGAUCAGCUUUGUAAUUGCGGACAUGACCGCUGGAUGGGCACUCGAAGUUGCCAAAAGGAUGGGUAUCGAGCGAGCCGGAUUUUGGCCCGCCGCAGUUUUGAGUCUGGCCUUGACACUUCAUAUUCCAAAGCUGAUUGAGGGUGGAGUCAUAGACAACGAUGGCAUUGCUCUGAAGAAGGAUGCGAUUCCGAUAUCGAAGAAGCUUCCUUCAUAUAAGAGUGAUGACCUCACCUGGAGUUUCCCUGAAGACCUGAUGAUACAGAAAACAUUAUUCAGAUGGGCGUUGGCCAUCGUCCAUCACAGCACACACUCAACCUCAUAUCUUUGCAAUUCGUUUCAUGAACUCGAGUCAUCGGCUUGUGGAAUUAUUCCUGGAGUUCUCCCAGUUGGUCCAUUGUUAGCAAGCACUCGAUUACUCCAUAACAGAGGAAGCCUGUGGAAGGAGGAUUUGACUUGCUCGAACUGGCUAGACCAGCAUCCACCCCAGUCAGUCAUCUAUGUUGCCUUUGGAAGCACAACAAUCUUUAGCCCGGAACAAUUCUACGAGCUCGCCCACGGCCUUGAGCAGAUUGGGCAACCGUUCCUGUGGGUUGUACGCCCAGAGAUGACCGACGGGCCAGUCAACAAGUUCCACAGCGCGUUCCUCCAAAGGGUGAGGAAUCAUGGGAAGGUGGUCCAGUGGGCACCACAAGAGGAGGUCCUAGCACACCCUUCAGUGGCAUGCUUCUUCACUCACUGUGGGUGGAAUUCUACACUGGAAGGCCUGAGCAAUGGGGUCCCCCUUCUGUGCAGGCCCUACUUUGCAGAUCAGCACCUGAACAGGAGCAUCAUAUGUGAUGUGUGGAGGGUGGGUCUAGGAGUGGAUGGUGAUGAAAAUGGAGUGAUAACUAGGCAUGAAGUGAGGACAAAGAUACUAACAGUUCUUGGGAGUGACGAGAUAAGGUCAAAUUGUCUUAGGGUGAAGGAGAUGGCCAGGAAGAGCGUGAGUGAAGGAGGGUCGUCCUUGAAGAAUCUGGAGAGCUUCAUUGAACUCAUAAAGGCUUGAGGGUUUUUGCUGUUGCUCCUGUUAAAGUGCCUGAGAACUCUGCUCUACUCUUUAAAUUGCUUUACUCAUGAUAGCUGAUGUUCUGGUUCCCAGUUAAGUACUGGUAGUUCAUGAUAA